AUGCAUCCAACGACUGCCUCGUUUCUUGGUGGUCUUCGCAUUUACAAAAUUGUGUUACUUGGCGAAGGAGGAGUUGGCAAAUCAGGUGAGUACGAACUAACGAUACGAGCUCAGUCUGGCGUAAAGAUCUCACGUCCCUUGACCAAAGGAAUUUGCGAGCAAACAUUCAAAAUUGAUCGCUAAUCACUGAACAAAAACCAUUUCCUGGAUACUCUCUUUUUUAAAGGAAAAAUUAUGGUGAUAUCAGCUCCGGAGAACUGUAAAUCCGAUUAGGAGACGUUUUUGUUAUGAAAUAUCGCUAUGCGCCAUCGCCGCCGAAAUCGAUCGAUCGACCAUGAACUGUUUGUUUGCACUUUUACAACGCUUUCAUCCUUUGGUUAAUUAUAAAAUGCUUGGAAUACCACCAGUGUGUUUGUCUACAGUAGAGGGUGUACAUUUCGCAAAUUUCCCAACUUUAUUGUUUAUUUUGUCCGGAAUUCUAACUUUUCUGGCAUGUGAUCAGAGGGAAAUGUAACAAGUAGCGGCUUGAAACAAUGAUUUUAGUAAUUUGUCUGUUCCACUCUAUUUCUUGCCCGGGGAAAAUUUUUAAAUGCUACUUUUCUUAGAUAAGCAAACGACGUUUUUCUAUAAAAUCUCGCAAGGGUAAGAAAACUUAUCAUCUCGAACAUAUUGUUGUACAUACCAUUUGCAAGUUGUUGUGAACUGGUGUUGUUUUGAUAGUGAGAAUGAUAAUAACAUACUUAUGUUCCGAUGUUGUUUAUUUCAGUGAAGUGUGACGUUCGAUUUUCAGCAAACCUUAAAGAGCUUACUAUGUUUGACCAAUUGUGUCGAGAUAAUUAAAGAUUGCUACGUUUUUUGCUUUAAAUUCUUGUGAGCUAUCACUAAAAAAUAAUUAUUUCAAGUUUUUUUGAAACGUCAUCUUAGUGAAGAGAGGUGCUCGCGCGCGAAACGCGAGGUCGCGUGCGUUUUGGUGCUAAGGAGUGUCUUAAGAGGAAAUGUAACAGAGUUCCAGAUUUAUUUCAGCCUGUUGAAAUGAGUCUAACGAAUGAUAACUUUUGAGAAUUUAGAACUGAGGGAAGAUGCAUCCUGCCAGGAUGCAAAAACAAGGACUUCCCUUCUCCCCAGUCAGCUGAACUCAAGACUUCCUUGUUUUGUGCAUAUGGUUAGGAGCUACAUCCAAGCAGAUGUCUUUGUGCAUUAUUUUAAAUUAAUUUGACAAGUGUAUAGUAAACAAAGCCAACUUUCAUAAAAAUUUAAUUGCUGCUGUUACAGUAUUGGUCUCACUCUUAAGUAAAUGGCUCUAUCUGUCUUUAAGGGAAAUGGAAUGCUACAGUUUCUACUGAAGGGAGACAGAGUCUUGGCCUUAAUGAGCCCUAAGAGUGAUUAGUAUCAAAAUUCUCCUUGUGAUAUCAAUGCUUUAUAUAACAGAUUGGUGAUGAGAAUUAAGGACAUAAUCACACAAGAUACGAUGAGUUGAUACUUCAACAACUUCUCGCUACUACUUUUACAGGAGAUGUAUAGGGGCAGCAAAUGGGAAUUUGAAUUUUGAUAUUAGGGCUUAAAGGGUUAAACGUCUCAUUAUAAAUAGUAGUUUUGCACUUUAAUUAUGAGAAGUGACACAGAGAUGUAGAGGUGGAAAACACGAAAGCCUAAGUUACUGACAAAAAGCAAAAUUAUGUUGUUCUUCCUGUUAUUAAUUACCCGACAUGAAAAUCAUUUUGAUAAUCCCCUUGAGUAAAGUAAAAUUAAUUAUUUUCCUUUUACCUUUUUCUUUCUCCUCAUUUUUAUUAUUACUGACAGCUUUGUUGUUGUUGUUGUGUAUGUUUUUUUUUUAACGUAUUUGCCUUUGUGGUGAGCAAGAUGUAAAAACAAACUUAUCUAAUAGAAAUCGGUUUUCUUUUGUUGCUUUGCGAGUUACUGUAGAGCCUGUAGAAUUAUGACUUUUUAUCCUUAGUGAUAGUGUUGUGUUAGAGCAGUUUUCAUUUGAGUGUCGAAAAGUAAUUGGUUUUGCACUUUCUACACGAUGCGAUUGGCUUAAAAGAUUCGCGCCACCUUUUCAUCCAAUCAGAAGUAAAACCAAAGCCAAUUGUGACGCGCUCGCAUGCAUUUUCCCGCGCUUUGCGUCAGCCACAUGUAAUUACUUCGAGUUUUGAUUGGUUCAAUGUAUUGUCUGUGUCCUAUGUGAUUGGCCAGAGUAAUUACUUUGGUUUUGGUUUUACGACACUCAAACGAAAACCACUCUAAACCUUUAUAAAAAUACCAUCAUUCAAUGUCUGAUAUGCUGAAUCGAUCAAGGACACUAUAAGGGAUCAUACACAAAGUAUGUACUUGAAAUCCAAGAUGGUGUCUGUUGACAUAUUUUCUUUGUGGAACAUGUGCUGACUGUCUGACAUAAACACAGAUGUUGAUAAACCCUUCACUGCUACAGAUGAAUCUUAAUUCCACAUUUUUAAAAUGAAUCAGGUCUUCAAGUAGGUUGACAUGAAGAAUUAGUCACUAAUUUGGCUACUUAUGUUAAGGAUUUGAGCUGGGGAUUUGAGGUCCCCAAUUUACAGAACAAAUUGGCAUCUGUAGGUACAAUUUCUAGUGCAAUGCCUUACCCCUUGACCUUCAUGGUCUUUUUAUGCAAAUGAAAAUAUGACUUAUCAGAUGUAAUCUGUUUUAUUUUUCAGCUGUAACAAUGCAAUUUGUGUCCCAUUGUUUUUUGGAUUACCAUGAUCCUACUAUAGGUGAGACGAUAACCAAACUGUGAAUUUUUUUAUUGAUUUAUAUCGCUAUUUGACAGUGUUCUCCCUAAAUUUUAGCACGGUAGGUAAGGGAUCAUUCGCAGCCGGUAAGGCAAAAAAUGUGCACCACAGAGGUGCAUGUUUCUGGGGGAAGGUGGGCAGUGGAGUGCGGGACAUGGCUUCGCCCUUGCUGGGAAAUUUAGGAGCUAAGUUCUCUGGAACAUCAUUCCCUCAUUUUAAGACCUAUUUUAUGCAACUCGGCUGUUCUCAUCUUAAAACAACAAUUUAAAACAAUUGAUUCCAAUAAUUUUACUCUGUCUUCAAUGUUGUUUCCAAAAUGCAUGGCCCAUAUAAAAAGAAAAGCUGUGUAUACAUACUUUAGCACUUUUCCACAUAUUCAUUCAUUUUCUUGUGGCAUGUGAGAAUCAGAUCGGAUCACAACUUGUGUAUUUUUUAAAAGUACUUCUUUAAUUUUAGUAAACCUUCAGUUUGUUGCAGGCAGUAAGAAGUGACUUGCUUCAGACGGUAAAUUUUACCGGUUACUGCCUAAUAGGGAGAACACUGUAUUUAAUUAAUAAUUAAUUACACUACUAUUGUACUACACAUGUAACAUUAAUUUGUUCUGAGCCAUCAAAGUUUAAUUGCUUAUUUCUUCUUUAGGUUUUCUUGUGAAUUAUUUAUGUGAUUUUUACUUUGUUAACUAAUUCAAUUAAAAAUAUCUUCUAAUUUAUGAUAAGUUUUUUUCAUCUUGUUGUUAGAGGAUGCAUAUCAACGUCAAGCUGUUAUUGAUGGUGAAUCAGGGCUGCUGGACAUUUUGGAUACCGCUGGACAAGUAAGCUAAUGCACUUGUUCAAGUUGCCUGCUUUAAUUUGUUUUAUAUUUAAGAGUAUACACAAAUAAAAUGGCACCUUCUUCUGUUGUAAGUAACUUUUAUUAAAUAUGAUUAUUAUUGGUUUGAUUUUCUGGGAGUUGGGUGUACUUUCUUCAGAUGUUUUGAAUUUUUUUAUGAUAACUUUUUUUUAAUAAUCUUUUUAUAUAAGUUGUGGCAAUUGUAACAAUGGUGGCAUGGAUAGUUCUAUUCACAGCUUCAAAAGAUACAAUUGUACCAAAAAGAAAUUUGUUCGCUCAUGGGAAAAACAAACUUGAUUUUCUGUUCUUUUAAUUGCAGCAAGAGUUUACAUCUAUGAGAGAACAGUACAUGCGAAGUGGUGAGGGAUUUAUCAUAAUGUACUCCAUAACAGAUAGACAAAGUUUUAGAGAGGCUUCACAAGCCAAAAAACAAAUUGAGCGUGUGCGACGAUGUGAUGACAUACCCAUGGUUCUUGUUGCGAACAAAAUUGAUUUGGAAAGUAAACGAGAAGUCACAACAGAAGAAGGGCAAGCACUCGCUCAGGAGUUUGACUGUGCAUUUUUUGAAACAUCUGCUGCCUUACGGCAUUUUGUGGACGAUGUUUUUCACAGUUUAGUACGACAGAUAAGGAGAAAGGAAAGACUUGGGACAAAGUCAGCUCAAAAGGACAAAAAACACCGCAAGAGAGCAGGAACUAUUCUGCAAAACCUAUUCAGGCGCCAAAAGAAAACAGCGUAA